GUCUGCUUUGUCUCCUUUCCCGUCUCUUUCCACCUUAAUUUCCUCUAUAACUUAUUGCUCCUCCCAUCCGCCUUAAAAUUUAAAACCCUUAGCUUCUGUGCUUUCUUCGAUCUUCAAAGUUUGAUCCUUUAGGCAAAUGGCAACCUCCAAAUCUUCUCCUGAUCAGGAAUCAGAGCUCAACCAAGAGUUUAAAGCCCAUGUCUUUUCUUCAUCCUCGGAGUUGCUUGAAAAGCUGCAUGAGAAGUGGAAUUCUGUGGAGAGGAUACCCUAUCCAGCAAUGUACUCAAGUAUAUAUGGCGGAAUUAUUCUUGAUCCAGCUAUGAUGGUUAUUCCAAUUGAUGAUCACAUGGUUCAUCGAGGACAUGGUGUCUUUGACACAGCUAUUCUUCUUGAUGGUUAUCUCUACGAGUUGGAUGCCCACCUUGACCGCUUUCUCAGAUCAGCAUCCAAGGCCAAAAUUGUUUCUCCUCAUUCACGUUCUGCACUUAGGAGCAUUCUUAUCCAGCUUGCUGCUGUGUCAAAAUGUAGGAAAGGAACCCUGAGAUAUUGGUUAAGUGCAGGACCGGGGGACUUCUUACUCUCUCCAGCUGGAUGCCCGACAUCUGCAUUCUAUGCUGUAGUUAUAUAUGAAGACUUUGAACAGUGCAAAGAAGGGGUUAAAGUAAUUACAUCUUCUGUCCCCAUGAAGCCGAUCAUUUUUGCCACAAUGAAGAAUGUGAACUACCUUCCAAAUGUCCUCUCGAAACUGGAAGCUGAGGAGAAGGGAGCUUUUGCAGCAAUCUGGAUCGAUGAAGAGGGUUAUAUCGCGGAAGGUCCAAACGUCAAUGUUGCUUUUAUUACUCACAAAAAGGAACUCAUCUUGCCUAAGUUUGAUAAGAUCCUUAGCGGAUGCACUGCUCUGAGGCUUCUUGAACUUGCACCCAAAUUGGUAGAGCAGGGACGCUUGACAGGAGUGAAAACUGGCGAUCUCACAGUGGAAGAGGCCAAAGGAGCUGCUGAAAUGAUGUUUGUUGGAAGCACGCUUCCUAUACUACCCAUUAUCGCUUGGGAUGAGAAACCCAUUGGAGAUGGGAAAGUGGGAGAGCUAACAAUGGCGCUCUCGGAUUUGCUUUGGGAAGAUAUGGUAGCUGGUCCUGAUACUCAAAGAAUUCCAGUUCCCUACGAAUAAAAUGAGUGUGAAGCUAAGGCAGACUGAAGCUUUAAAAGUAUUCUGAAGUGCCCUUAUUUGAUUCAGAAAAUUUGAAGUUUUACAUAGUUUGUAUCCUCAGCUGGCAAUUGCAAUGUUUGUGUAUCAAGAUUGAAGAAGACAAGUGAAAAAUGCUCUCUGAA